CCGGACCAAUACCACACAUGCGAGCACUCCCACCACUCAUCCUACAGCGCCACAGACUUACCUCCCAUCCUGUUCGCCCUCGAGCAGAAAGAGAUCGGUUACCUGGGCGAAGUCGAAGACCUCAUUGAAAACGGCACCAAAGUCCUCGAUUGGGAAGGUAAACCUAUUCGCGACUUCCCGUUCCUCCCCCGGUAUAUUUCCAUCGACGUCCCGGGGUGGUUGCUCGAAUACUGGUCCCGAACUGACUCCCGGCUCACAUACAAGGAUAUCAGAUCGCGUAUGACGGCCCCAAUCCCCAAGGAAAGAACUUCAGAGAAUACUCUGAACAUGCGCAGAGAACGCGAGGCCCGCGGUCCACUAACUCUCUCCUGUUGGAGCAGGCGUCGCAACCCACUCACCCGCAUGGAAGUCGGUCGUGUCGAGCACCGCUCCGUCGACGAGAUCUCCUACAACACGACCAUGAAAGUCCUGCACAACUCUCUCGGUCGGCCUGUUGCUCUGCGUAAGCGCGGCCUUAUCCGUACUGAGAACGGUCUCGUCUACACAACUCGCAACCAACCGAUUUAUGCGCUCAACACGUUCUUGGAACCAGGUGAGACGUCCCAUACUCUCGGUGAUCGAUUGAAACAGACUUUCAACCUGUACAAUCAACUCGCAGUCAAGGCGCAGGAAUUGAACUGUCGCUCUUGGCAGCUUUUGCCGGCCAAUGAGUUUCCAAAGCAGUGGAGUGAGUCGAAGGACUCGAAGGAGAAGGAGGCGAAGUCUUUCGCGAAGCAUACCUUUGCUUGGUAUAAAGAGGGUGGUCGAGGUAACUUUUCUUUAUUUCUCGUUUUCCGUUUCCUUCGUUGUGGGAAUUGA